UCAUGUUCGAACUUCUCGUUAAAAUCACCGACCUCCACUCCGCCAUGGAACCCGCGCAGACGAUGGGUCUCAAUCUGACAGGAGAGAAGAACGAGGUCUACGACAGCAUGCCGACCGGCGGGGCCCCGUGGGCUGAGCAUGGAUAUGACAUGCGUGCAACAGAUGUAGGGCGCUGUUCAUAUGCUCACUUGACGAUCACACGUGUCACCAAACAUCCAGUCGAACUUUUGCUUAAUCCCUUCAUCCGCAUGCAUCACCCUCCUCAUUCACUUUGUUUCCAUCAUUGUACUGAUCCCCUCCCACCACUCAUCUCCUCCACCUGGCGCUGACCCCCAGUAGGCUGCAGGACUAGCAGCAGAAGGAGGAGCUAACGGACCCUUCGCGUGCGACAACGACGGGUUCAAGUGCUUCAUCUUCAAUCGUCAAGCCUUCGACAACGGCGUCGUGGGCGACACUGACAGCAUCUACACCAACUUUGGUAGGACGAAAGGAGGAGACGCGCUUUAUUCUCAUGCAUCUUAUUCGAUGUUGCAGGCACAGGGGCUGAGAUCGCACAUACGCGGGUCCCUCCCGACGGAAAACUCGGAGGAGGAGGAGGAGAAGGAGGAGGAGCUUCAGCACGUGCGAAGCCUUUAUGCAGCCUUGGCGAGGACUGUAACGGUCUGGGAUGAUGCUGAGAAACAGCCAUUUGGUGUGAGGA